AUGUUAGCAAUUAUUUACAGGAGACGACUCAGGGUCCCUCCGAUAGACCGUAUUAUCUCUCCCAUCCAAUUUCGUUCUCCCCAAAAUGCAGACUUCCUCAGGCCAUUCUCCACCAAGAAAAAAACACCACCUGUUCGAGAAAAUGCCUCAGAGGAAUCUUUCACCGUAUCGUACCUCAUCAACACAUGGGGCCUGUCCGAAAAGGACGCCGUCCUCGUAUCCUCAAAAAUCCACCUCGAAUCGCCGGAAAAACCGGACGCCGUCCUGAACCUCCUCCGGCAGUACGGUUUCACACACGCCCACAUCCCCAAACUCGUCACACGGUGGCCCAAAGUCCUCUUCUCCUGCCCGGAGCAAAAUCUCACCCCGAAACUCGAGUUCUUCCGGUCGCUCGGCAUCCCUCUUCCAGUCCUUGCCGAUAAGCUCUCCGGGCAGCCCUCUGUCCUUACCCGCAGCCUCAAACACUCGAUCAUCCCUUCCUACAACUUCCUGAAAGGCCUGUUGAAAUCCGACGAGAGGGUAGCCCGCGUGUUCUCGCGGGCAACGUACACUUUCGGCCGCUGCUCGUUAGACGGGUUAUCGUCUAACGUAUCCAUGCUGAAGGAACGUGGGAUCCCGCUAUCGUCCAUUGUCCACAUGGUCAAUCACCCGCAGACCCUUCUCGUGGUUAAACAAAAGCUCGAGACUUACGUUGACUUGGCGGUCAAAAUGGGGUUCAAUGUCUCGACUAGCACGUUUGCUUACGCAGUCAAGGUUUUCGUAGAGUUGGGCGAAUCUAACCUGAAGCGUAAGAUGGAUAUCUUCAAGAGGUGCGGGUGGUCGGAGGCUGACGUGGCGUGUGCCAUUCGCAGGUUCCCCAAUUGCAUGAAUGUGUCGGAGGAGAAAAUCGUGGCCAACAUGAGUUUUCUCGUGAAAGAGUUGGGUCGUGAGCCUGGUGAUGUGGCACAGUGCCCGGUACUGUUGAACUUGAGCUUAGAGAGGAGGAUGAGGCCAAGGUGUGUGGUGGCUGGGAUUCUUGGCGAGAAGAAUUUGCUGAAAGGCGGGAAAGUUUCGAGCUUGAACACGUUGUUGAAGUUGUCCGAGAAGGAUUUCUUGAAGAAUUAUGUGGUGAAGUAUGAGAAAUAUGUGCCUGAGCUUUUGGAUAUCUAUCAGGGAAAGUUGAGCCCGUCCGGGCCCGUGAAACUAGUAAUAGACAUUGUUGGGAUAUUUCGGUGGCUUGUGAUGAAAAUGAGAUUGUUAAUUACUGGUGGUUUUUCAUAUUACGUUGUUACUUGUGUGGUUUCGGGACUUUCAUCUGAAGAGGUUGUGUCGAGGGAGUGCAUUUUCGGAUUUGUUCUCGUUUUUUCGUAUUGCUUUGGAUAUCGUGUGGUCUCGUUUCGAAGCCUUGUGUUGUGUGGUGGAUCUGCUUUUGUUCAAGGGUUUUCUGCAAAUUGUUGGGCGGUAAUGGUGGAGAGAAGGAAGAGGAAGCCGCUGGUGCUUUCUUCCACUCGAGCUAUUCUGAAUUUGUUGCUCAAUCCUCGAGAGACCGCCGAUGAAUCGGACGAAAUUGACGAAAUCUCCGCCGGUCCCCGCGCCCGGACGCCGGCCGGAAUACUCAGAGUUUCCGAGGGUGCAACGGUCGGUUCACUUGAUGCUUCUGUUUUGGUUGGGCUGUCGACUGCUAUGCUCAAACGAUUGUCCAUUACUUCCGGGUCGCUGCUGCUCAUCAAGAACGUGGAUGCAAAUGUGAGUAAAAUCGGACAAGCAGUGGUCUUGGAUCCUCCCAGUCAGUGUGAAAACCCCUCAGAAGGAGGGUCUAUUUGUGCUCGUGCCCCUUACACAAUGUUGGUCUUCCCUUCAUAUCCUUAUCCUCAAAACCAUUCGGCAGCUUUAGAUCCUCAAGUGGCUUAUUUAUCUCCGAUUCUAGCAUUUAACUUGAAUCUGCACCUGUCUUGCUUGAAAUCUGUCGUGCAGAAGGGGAAAGAGACACUCUUGUAUUUUUUCAAAAUGAAAGCUGAUGGCGAAAUAAAUGGGAAUGAAAGCAAACUACCUUCGGCUAGUGUAGAGAUUCAAUCUUACGGAGAGCUUCCUAAGUACGCGUCACAUUUGAGAGCCACUUUUGUGAAGGUACCAGAAUGCGGCACUCUUGAACGUCUGAAAACCCGUUCAUCAGACGAAGCAAAAGAUCGACAGGAGCUGAUAGAUGCGGAGUUAAAUGAUUACUUUUCAAUCGAUAGAUAUCUCUCCAGGGGUGACCUCUUCAGUAUAAGCAUAAAUUGGAACUGCAAAUCCGAAAUGUGCAUCCUCUGCAGCCAGAAUACGCUACACAAUACUCACGACAUAAUAUACUUCAAGGUGGCAGCUAUGGAACCAUCAGAGGAACCUGUGCUGAGAGUCAACCGCAGCCAAACUGCUCUCGUUCUUGGAGGGGCCUCACCAUCUGCUGUUCCUCCCGAUCCUUUAAUCCCAAGGUCAAAAAAUAUCUCUUCUUUACAAGAAGAUGCUGUGCUGGCUCUAGCCUCUGUAUUAGCACCAGCUUUAUGUCCAUCAGCCUUCACAUCCAAAUUCAGGGUCUCUGUUCUGUUACAUGGUGCUUCUGGUUGUGGGAAGAGAACAGUGAUUAGGUGUGUUGCUCGUCAUUUGGGCUUGCAUGUGGUCGAAUAUAGCUGUCAUAAUUUUGUGACAUCUUCUGAAAAGAAAACAUCUAUUGCUCUAGCAGAAGCCUUUAAUACAGCUCGAAGGUAUUGUCCAACAAUUCUUCUUCUCCGUCGUUUUGAGGUUUUCCGUAAUCUAGCUGCUCAAGAGGGAUCUUCUCAUGAGCAAGCUGGAGUUAAUUCCGAAGUUGCUUCCGUUAUCAAGCAGUUCACUGAGCCAAUAAUUAACGAUGAUGAAGAAGAAUACGUUGAAGAAAACUUACAUGGCGAUUCUGUUUAUCAGUUUAAGGCCAGUGAAAUGGUAAACCAGCACCCAGUGCUGCUAGUUGCAACUGCAGACAAUUCUGAAGGUCUUCCGGCAACUAUUAGGCGCUGUUUUACACAUGAAAUUAAAAUGGAAGCUCUGAAUGAAGAACAAAGGUCUCAACUGCUGACGCAAUCCUUUCAACAUAUCUCGGAACUGCUUCCAAAUAUUUCGAUCGAGGAUCUUGUAAAGGAUAUAGUUGGACAGACAUCGGGUUUUACACCCAGGGACCUGCGUGCUUUAAUUGCUGAUGCUGGUGCAAAUUUAAUAAUACCCAAGAAUGAGAAGAUGGAUCCUGAAAAGUCAAAGCAUUUCUCAGUUGAUUCUGAUUCGACUUAUGCUAGUUGCAAAAUAAAUGAUGCACCUACAAAUGUUGGUAAAGAAAACCUAAUCAAAGCAUUAGAACGAUCAAAGAAAAGAAAUGCAUCAGCUCUAGGGACUCCAAAGGUACCCAAUGUGAAAUGGGACGAUGUUGGUGGGCUUGAGGAUGUAAAAAAAUCAAUUUUGGACACCAUUCAGCUUCCUCUCAUUCAUAAAGAUUUAUUUUCAUCUGGAUUGCGUAAGCGAUCUGGGGUUCUUCUUUAUGGUCCUCCAGGGACUGGAAAAGCUCGAACAGCUCGUCCAUGUGUUAUAUUCUUUGAUGAACUCGAUUCGCUUGCCCCUGCCCGAGGUGCCUCUGGAGAUUCUGGUGGUGUUAUGGAUAGAGUUGUUUCUCAGGAUCUGUUUAUAAUAGGAGCUAGCAACAGACCAGAUCUUAUAGACCCGGCCCUCUUGCGGCCGGGCAGAUUUGACAAGCUCCUUUAUGUUGGUGUUAAUUCUGAAGCAUCUUAUAGAGAGAGGGUACUCAAAGCACUCACUCGGAAGUUUAAAUUGCACGAGGAUGUGUCAUUAUACGAGAUUGCACAGAAAUGCCCGAUAAAUUUUACUGGCGCGGAUAUGUAUGCACUAUGUGCCGAUGCUUGGUUUCACGCUGCAAAACGCAAAGCAUCAUAUGAAGAUUCAGAAUCGGGAUUGACCCACAAAUCUGAUGCCGUUGAAGUUGAAUAUGAGGAUUUUGUUGAGGUAUGA